AGCCGCCAUGGAGUCGCAGUCGCAGCCCGAGUUCGAUCGGGAGAACCUGAACGAGGAUGUCGUGAAUAUGCGCACGCUCUGGGUGAACGAGCUGAACGCGCCCGAGAUCCUGCCGUACAACGAGGAGAUGGUGACCGAGAUGCUGGAGCAGAUCCGCAACCAGCAGGAGUACGUGGACUCGGUCUACGAGGACCGCGCGCAGCUCACAGAGGAGAAGUCCUUCGUCAACAAGCUCUACCAGAUGGAGAUCGACCGCCUGCGCUACACGGUCUCGUCCUACCUCCGCACGCGUCUGCGCAAGAUUGAGAAGUUUGCCGUCCACAUCUUGAGCGACGCAGCGCUGACCCAGCGACUGUCGCUGAAAGAGCGCAACUUUGCCCAGCAGUUCGUGAUGCUCUUCGAGUCGCACGUGAAUGAGCUGGCGCUGAACAAGUUCGCCGACGACUAUCGCAGCCUCACGGCUGAAGGCAUGGUGACCGAGCCCAAUCUGGACAGCUUCGUGUUCUGCGAGGGCAAGGAGGGGGCUGAAGCCGUGCAGGUCGACGAAAAGGGCGGCGACUUCGUGCAGAUGCACCCCGCAGAUCGCUACGUGCUGCGCUACCGCAGCAUCAAGAGCCAAGUCGAGAGUGGCCAGAUCGAGCUCAUCUAGAUACGAGAUCAUAGAACCCAGCUCGCUCAAAGAGAGCUUGUCGUGAAGCGAUAU